CUUGUAUUCAAUAGGUUGUUCCGUCGUCACUUUUUUUUGGCACAGCAAAGCAUAAUGUCUGGGGGCAUUGAAGCUCUACAAUUAAAGGAAGAAGAUGUUGUGAAGCUACUUGCUGCUGGUGUUCAUCUUGGUGCUAGCAAUGUAGACUUUCAAAUGGAAAGCUAUGUUUACAAACGAAAACCUGAUGGUGAGAAAUCUGCUAGAUGAUUAUUUUGCAAGGAAGGUUUAAACUUUCCUAUGGUUGUUGUCCUUCUCUACUUUUAUGUUGAAGUGAAAAAUGGUUUAGGAAUAGCACAGCCAGGAGAGUAUCAACAAUUCAAGCCAAGAUGAAAUAAAUUUUUGGGGAAGCGUCCUUUACCUCUACCCACGUGGGUUGUUUUUCCUGUGUUCAAUUUGGUUAAAAGCUUUUGUCAGAAAAAUAAGUUUAGUUUAAGAAAGUGUUUGCAUUAUGUUAUUCAUUAUUAAGUACUGGGUUACUGAUUACACAGAGACAUAAUUGCAAGCAGCACUCAGUAUUAUAAACUGCAAGUAUAUUUUAAGCCACAUUAAAGUUGCUCCAUAUUUCCAAAAUAAUUAUUUUCUCUAUUUGUCUUUUCACCAGGUGUUCACAUCAUCAACAUUAAAAAGACAUGGGAGAAGCUGCUUCUUGCUGCCCGUAUCAUUGUUGGCAUUGAACAUCCUUCUGAUGUCUGUGUGAUCUCAGCCAGACCUUAUGGACAGGUAGGUGUAAUUACCAGUUAUCACUGGGAAUGUCCAACUCACUCCAAUUGACCAGUGUUUAAUACAAAGGGGUCUCUGGCAUAAAGACUGACAUGUUGAGCUGCCUAAUAUCAGAUGACUUACUUGUCACCUUGCUCAAUUUGAGUUUUCAUUUCCCAUGAUAUAUUUGGAAGGUUUAAAGAGCUCACAAUAGGAGUGGAUUAGCUGACAAUGUUCAGUUGACUACUUGUAAAGAAGAAUUCAAUUCUGACCAAAGUUUAGGUUUUAAAUAUGGCUGUAUCACUUUUCCUGCAUUGAACUUAAGCCUGGCAAGUGUACUUGUUUAUUUGUGCAGCUGAAAAUGGGUUGUGUCCAAGCAAAAAUGGGUUUGACAAGUCAAUUUGACAGGCACCAGCUGGGAAAUUUUUUUAAGCCUUGGGCUUAAUGUAGUUGUGGUGAAGUGAACCUUAAGACCACAAUCUGAGACCCACUUCUGAUGAGACGUUGCAGUAUUAUGAUUGCUACAUAAAGCUGUGAAAACUUAACGAGUGAUGUUAUCUUAUAGCGUGCCAUCCUGAAGUUUGCCAGUCACACUGGGGCCACAGCUUUCGCUGGCCGCUUCACUCCUGGUACAUUCACCAAUCAAAUUCAAGCAGCCUUCAGAGAGCCACGUUUGCUUGUCGUAUGUGAUCCACGCACUGAUAGCCAGGUAAUAUUUUGACUAUAUCUGAAAAAUUCCCCAAGGAAUUACUUUGCUUUUCCUUCUCAACCACGUAUAAACUUUAUUUUUGUGCCAACUCUGGCUGUAAUCCUCACAUUGCAGAAUACUGUUUUUUUCCUCAGGGAAUGAUAACUAUUUAAUUGGAUGAACUAUUCAAAACUAUAAAAGUUGGGGAAAACAUUUAUUGUCCUGUAAAGCUUCAUUUCAACUGUUUGAAGUGGAACUUAAAACCAUAAAGACUACUCCUCAAACUGAACAUGAACUUCUUUCAUAGCCCGUGACAGAGUCAUCCUACGUAAACAUUCCUGUUAUUGCAUUCUGCAACACUGACUCUCCAUUGCACCAUGUGGAUGUGGCAAUCCCCUGCAACAACAAAGGUGCGCAUGCUGUGGGUCUUAUGUGGUGGUUGUUGGCAAGGGAAGUGCUCCGUAUGCGGGGUAGCAUCAGCAGGCAAAUCAAUUGGGAAAUCAUGCCUGAUCUUUACUUUUACAGGGAUCCAGAAGAGGUAAAACAUUUUUUUUCCAUUAAGAGUGAAAAUUAACCCCUAAACUCAAAAAAAUCUGAUCACAUUACCUCAUAAAUUAGUUACAAGAAUUUGGUGGUAGAGCAAGAUAGCAACUUCUGCCUGAUAAGUUUGAGUAUUUUAGGAAGAAGUUAUAUGUUUAUCACUUCUGGGAGUUAAUUGUUUUCUCUUAUAUUUCUGAAGAAUCAAUUUUAAUGAUGGUAUCUAUUUGCCUUACCUAACAGAAUACUUUUAAUUUUUGUAUUAUUUUGAAAUUAAAGUGGUUUUCUCAAAAAUCUCACUGGGAUUAGCAGAUUAAAUCUGAUAGGAAACACUAAGUUAAUUCUGGUAGUUGUUGUCAAUUUAUGUCAUGAGGCAAAUGUCCCAUUGAGGUCUCAAAUCUGAUCCUGAACUUGUGAAAUUCUUUCCAAAUUAUGGUCUGUAUAUAGGGAAUAAUGAUGAUUAUUAGGCCUUCUUGCUAUUGUUGUGAUACCUUAAUACUGGGUGUACAAGUGAAGAUACUGUGCUCAAUGAAGACCAAAAUGUAGCCCCUUGCUUUGAGGGGUUAGAGGAUCAAGGUUUGUUUUGCGAAAUAACACAUCUGGAGUACCACAUAGACUUGUGAAAUAAGUUGUUUGUAUUCAUUCUAGGCUGAAAAGGAAGAACAAGCUGCCAUGCAACAUGCAGAAGAGCAGCCUGCUGCUGCUGCUGCUCCUCAGUUUCCAAGUGAAUGGGGUGGAACUGCUGAUCAGCAAACUGGAGAGGUGAGUGCUUCCACUGUCCCCAACCAGAGAGGCCAUUGUAAUAUGUAGGAAAGUUUACUUUAGACUUGAUAUUCUAUAUCAUUUCUUAUCAUGGCAGUUAUUGUGCAAAGGUUUUGUAUCCUUCCAAAUUACUAUUUGUCAGUGUAAAGUUUUUUGUGGAGAUAAAGAAGGUUUGAAUGCUUCUUUGUUUUGCUUCUUUCAAGAUUUCUCUCUUUUUGGGAAUAUUGCCAGAACCUGGUAUUUGGCUAGCUUAAAAGGGAAUAGAAACUCUUCCUGAUUCCCUUUUCUUGCCAUUUUGGCCCUUUCUUGAGGGUGAAAAUAAAUGUAAUUGCAAGAAAUCUUAACUAAAAAAAAAUUUUAUUAAUUUUUGUUUUUCCAGUGGGGAGCUGAACAAAUGGGCACUUCUGCUUUACCUGCCUCCAUUGGAGCUACUGAGGACUGGGGUACCAGCCGUGAAUGGACUGACACUACCCCUGCUCCAUCCAAGGACUGGGCCGAAGCUAAAGAUUGGUCGGCUGAACCAGCACCAAAAGAAUGGGGAGCAGAUGAUCUGCAGCCAAGCAGUGAUUGGGGUACCUCUGUCACCAUGCAGGAUGCAAAGAGUGGUGGAGCAGAGUGGGCUUAA